AUGUCGCGACGCGGAAACGAGGGAGUCAUGGACUUCGAGUACCAGAACAAAACCGGACCGCUCGAUGCGCGCUCGCCUUUUGCACAGCUCAGCCAGAAUGCACAACGGAAUCACAUGAUGGGCACACCGGGAGGAAGAAGAGCGAUGGACUCGCCGCAGAAACCAAUGCCCAGCCAUCAAUCCUCGCCAAACAAACCCUUGCCACCUCGACCAGCCGCCUUCGAUGAUGCUACCUGGAUGACUCCGCGCAAAUCCAACAACGAUGUCAACGACUCGAGUGGAGGGGAAACGCCCAAGAGCCCCGAACACACCGACAAUGACAACACACCCGACACCAUGGGCCGCAGCUUACGGAGUAACAUCAUGGGCAAGAGCAAGACGACAUAUGACGGCGUGGAUCUGAGCACAUUGGCGGGUGCAGAGCGCGAAAGAGGCAGCCCGACCAAGGAGAAGAGCAGACCCGAUGCGGCGCGCCGAGACAGUUGGCUUGUUGGUAAAAUCAAGAAGAUCUACAACAGUCCCGGCCGAGGCGAGAUCCCACGAGGAGACUACUCCCACGCGAAAGAGAUGAGGGUGAAGAAGCCCCGCGAUCUUGCGCGACAGCGGUCCAAGCGGCGACGGCAUAGUGUGUCGGAGUCUGAGGAGGAUACGAAGCUGGCAACGCGCAGGAGCCCACGCAAGGCGAGCAGUCAGAACAAGCACGAUUCGCAAGAGCCGGCGGUGGAGAAGUCGUCGCGCAUAUCGGACUUCUUCACCUUCAUCGGCCAACACCCGACAGUGCCCGCCAUCCUCUCGUACUACGCACAACUCGCAUUCAACGUCUUCCUCCUCGCCGGCUGCGCAUAUGUCAUCUAUUGCUUUUGGGCAGCAGUACAAGGCGACGUCGACAAGAAGUCUCAUGAAGCGAUGAUCGAUAUUAUGGCGGAAAUGGCGGUAUGCGCGAAGAACUACAACGACAACAACUGCGACCCUGCCAAACGAGUACCAGCUCUGGAUACCGUCUGCGAGAACUGGAAAAAGUGCAUGAACCAGGACCCCAGCAAAGUCGGUCGAGCCAGGGUAUCCGCACACACCUUUGCAGAGAUCUUCAACUCCUUCGUCGAGCCCAUCAGCUGGAAGGCCAUGAUCUUCUCCGCAUUGCUAGUGUUUAUGGGCUUCGCGACUACGAAUUUGGCCUUUGGCUUCUUCAGGGACAAGGCGGCGCAACAUCACUACCCGCCACCCAGCUACUAUCAACAGCCGCCACCACCGACCCCUCAGCGAGGCUUCAGUGGUGAGCAGUCGUACUAUGGAACUCCUUGGCACCCAAUGCAUGGGCUGGAACCUGCGCCGAGUCAAGGGUAUGGACGGAUUGAGGGACGUGGGAGUCCGGUGGAGAGGAUAGACCUUCGGGGUUGA